UUGGAAUUCCAAAAAAACAUGUUUUUCAAUAUUUUUUAAGGAAAUCCUUGUUAAUUUUCAGAUGAAAAUGUUCCCAUCAAGACACGUGAUGGAUUACAUGACUGAAAUCAACCGAUUAUUCCCCAAAACGACAGAAAAUGAUUCCCUGCAACCUUCCAGCUUAUUCUCCAGCACUAUAACAUCACCAAAUCAGUAUGGAGUCCCAAACCGCUCUUCCAGUUCCGAUUCGACAUCCCCGGAUGCUUUCCCAGAUAUUACCACAUUUGCUUCCACACCAGAAUUUAACAGAAGCCCUCAAAGCUCUGCAUCUGACACUCCGGUUGGUGCCAGGCGUCGUCCAAUCAUUGGCAGGAAGAUUCUCUCAACACCAGACCAAGUUAAACACUAUGAAAUGAUGUCUCCAAUAAGACAAUCACCAAUACAACGAUGGGACCACGAACCUGACUUCUUUCAAAUGGAAGAACCAAGCACAUCUCAUUCCAUCGACCAAACAAACUAUAGACAGAGAGUUUUUUAUGAGUUGUUCCCUACUGAAAACAGGGGAUUCGAAUUCAAAACUCAUGUUAAAGUACCAAGUUCCCCAACUACUGGUUCUAUAAGUCCACGGGAUGAGUCAAUGGCUAUGGCCAUUUAUAGAAAUCAAAAUAGAUCACCAAAGUAUGAUACUGCUUCAAAUUCUUUGGAAGCAUGGAAGAUGUGUACAUUUUGCCGGAAGAAUGGGGAGACUCCCAUGGUGUACAUGACACAUAAGGUGAAGGAGCGCGUUGGGAAUGACUUCGUAGUUACAUGCCCCAUCCUGAGGUCCCAUGUGUGCCCCACAUGCGGUGGAACAGGGGACAAUGCUCACACUAUUACAUACUGCCCAGUACUUCGCCACAGAAACCAUGGGCUCCCCCUACAGUCCACGACAAUUACUUUGAAGAAUACACGCGUCAAGAGUAAUGGUAGGAAGCGAUUUUAAUGUAUAGAGCUUUUGGUGUAUGUAAGGUUUUAAUUUUUUGUGUUGCAAUGGUUUGGCUGACUAACAAGCAUAUGCUAUGAUCUCAAAAUACCGCCUUAUUUCGUAAGUAUUAUGGUUUUUAAAGGUGCAAUGUAACUAGGUUGGAUAAUUCAUUAAUCUGACUUAAAACAAAUGAAUACUAAUCUCAAGUAUUAUACUUAUUGAGGAAGACUUACAUUAUGUUCCUUGUUUUAUAAAUUUGACUGUAGAUAAAUUGUAGGAUUCACCUUUUUUUAUUACAUUUGACAAAUUUAAGGACAAUUAUAACAUACGCGCGCUUUUCAUAGUGCUAGUAGAAAUCAAGACUAUUCUUUAUUAUUUUUUACUUUGACCAGUUUUAUCUGUAAAGAGUUUUGUUUGACAAUGUUUUUAUACCUCGCGACUUUUUAAUAAAUAUUUCGACUUUCGACAACAGAUUCAAAUCAAAAUAUGACAAAGAAAUUGUUAUCAUGACUAUAAUUUAAGAUUAUUAGUUCCCAAACAUCAUGUGAGAAUAUACAUAAAUUCUGUUGCUUUUUCGCGUUUUUCUAAUGAUCAUUAUUUUUACUAUUAUAAUAUUGUAUCCUAAGAAACUCUGUUUCGUAUAUUUCGUCUUUUUCUUUUACUUAUAAAGUUUAGCGUAAGUUCACAGGGAAUCUUUUGUAUCUGUGGCACUGGGCCAUUGGUAGGAUAACUUGACAUCAGUCACAGGAUGUUCUUUAGAAACUUAAAAGUAAAACUUAAGAAAAAAGUUGUCCAUUAAUGAUUUUAUCUUAUUUGUGUCUACUCAGCAUCACGGAACUGAUUCAAAUUAACUGCCUUGCUUUUU